ACGCGUUAGGUGUAGGAGGCGCGAGUGGGUUUCAUCACUAUGUGGAUACAACAGGUGGAGUGCUGCCGGUUUCGGCGUUUUCGGCGUUUCAUUUGCUAAGGAAUUACAACUACUUGAUGGGUCCACAUACAGACAUAUCAAAGUCAUCUAGUUUGAGCGAGCUGCACAGUCGGUUACAACCCGAACACGCAUUGCAUUCACCGAGCAAGCCGCCCGACUGCGGCAAACCGCUCCCGCCGCUUACCCUCGACGUCGGCAAGUCCUUCCCGACGCUGUCGCACCACCAACCGAAUCUAUUAGCCGCACACGGAUUGUUCAACAAUAUUCACUAUCACGCACAUCAUGGUGUUCUGCAACCUGGCAGUCCUAGCACGGGAUUAUUGUCUCCAGAUGGUUAUAUGUCUUUGAAAAGGCAUAGAGGUGAAAAGAAACCUAUUCCUGAAGAUCAAAAGGAUGAAAAGUAUUUUGAACGACGUAAGAGGAAUAAUCAUGCGGCGAAGAAGUCGAGGGAUGCGAGGAAAAUACGUGAAGAUCAAGUGGCUUUGAAAGCAACAAUUCUGGAACACGAAAACGCCAUUCUUAAAACACAAGUGCUCACACUACGAGAAGAAGCUUCGUCGUUGCGACAAAUGCUACUUCAGAAGAAAACCAUGGAUUUGAAUUCGUGAUAUGUACACUCAUUCUUUAAAAUAUUGUUAAAUUAAUAUUAUGCAUUACUUGUGGUAUUUUUCUGUAAGAUACAUUUUUGU